AUGCUUUAUUUCAUAAGGAGAAACAUUUGUUUACUGUUUGCUAAGCAAUGUCGUCGGAUCUACUGCAUUUUAUUUAGUCCAAAUGUCGAAAGUUGGACAUGGACACGGCAUAUAUGUAGCUGUUUUAUUGGUAUUUGUAUAACCACAAUUCUAUGGUGGUUAUUACUACUUAACUUAAAUUUUUCUGUGACAACAGAUAUCGCGGUAUUAAUAGCAUUUCUGAUUUUAAUUGGAAUAGGGUUUAUAUUAAAUUCGAGUAUAAAAUGUAUCACAUUUUUAAUAUUGGCUGGUAUGGCAGGCAAGUCUGGACGAAGCUAUUUAAGAGCACUGGUUUUCGCAUACAUAAUAUCAGGACCUAUCUCUAAUUUAGUAGCAAAUAGUGGAGAGGUAGUACGAGUAUUUGCUUGUGCCACUACACUCGCAUACAAUUUGACAAAGACGCGGUUGGAUUUAAUGACGAAACCUUUUCAGAAUACGUUAAUAACUAUGAAGGAUGAUGUGACAGAUGUAGAAAACUCAUUCGAAAAGAUGAUUAAAAUUUUAGAGCCAAUCUGGGCCGAAGUAGAGGAAGCAGACUUUGAUUCAAUUCAUCUUUUAUCUCGUCGAGAAGAUAAAAGUAUGGGAGACUAUGUACAAAAGGCAUACUCGAAAAAAUUUGAAGUCCGUUGCAAAAGGCAGCUUAAUAGGGGGAAACAACGCUGCUUUGAAGCCUUUGCUAAAGCACGUUUAGAAUGUGAGAACGAGUUUCCACGCAUUGUACGGUUUUUGUUAUGCUGGCCGUUUCAAGUCGAUUUUAUAUGUCGUAUGAAUUUGUUAGGCAACCCGAAGGAACUUUGUAACCCUAGUCAAGUUCUUCCUAAAAACUUUGGGGAGAGCUAUGCCCAGUUAGAUGAUACUCACCGACAAUUACAUAAAAACGGUUCCCGAAUAGAGGUGAAAUAUAAAAUAAAAUCAGCAAUAUCGGAACCCGCACAGAGGUAA